AUGCCUCAGUGGGGCUGCCUCCUGGCGCUGCUGGCGCUGCUGGCAGCGCCAGUGGCUGCCCAGAUCAGCAAUCCGGUGGCGCACGACUCCAACAUGAACACCACCGGCAACAAGUUCCUCAAGCGGGAGGCCUCCGCCGACGUGCGGAUUGGCACCGGCACGCACGAGGCGGAGGACGAGGAGCUGGAUGACGUGUGCCCCCAGAACAUCGCGCUCAAGUGGCACGCCGAGGCGUCGUCAGCCAUCUACGCCACGCCGCUCAUCACAGACCUGUUCAGCGACGGGCGCAGGGACGUGGUGGUCCCCGCCUUCCUGCACCAGCUGGAGGUGUUUGAGGGGCGGGACGGCGCCAAGGCUCCCGACUUUGAGGCCUUCCACCACUCCACCACCCACACCUCCCCGCUCAUGCACGACAUCGACCUGGACGGCGUGCCCGACAUCGUGGUGGCCACAUACGACGGCGAGAUCCUGUUCUUCAAGGACACGGUGCGCCAGGGGUGGUGCCUGGUGGCGGCGGCGGCGGGCGAGGAGGCGGCGACGCGGCUGACCAUCCCGCGCCUGCGGGUGCGCCGCGACUGGCACAAGGGCCUGAACCCAGACCCCAAUGACCACAGCCAGCCUGACAUUGGCAAGGGGGACGGCAUUGCUCAGGGAGGACCCGGCGACGUGAAGCAGGCAGCUCAGCAGGAGGGACAGCAGCAGCAGCAGCAGCAGCAGCAGGCCCAGCAGGCCGGCACCAAGCAGCAGCGCCGGCGGCUGAUGGAGGAUACGUCUGGCCAGCAGCAGCCGCAGGACCAGCAGCAGCAGGACCACCAGCAGCAGCAGGACAACCAGCAGCAGCAGGACAACCAGCAGCAGCAGGCUGCCCCACAGGAUCAGCAACCGCAGCAGCAGCAGCAGGCUGCGCCUCAGGACCAGCAGCAACAGCAGCAGCAGGCAGCCCCUGUGGACCAGCAGCAGCACCAGCAGGGCCAGCAGCAGGCUGCCCCUGUGAACCAGCAGCAGCAGCAGCAGGGCCAGCAGCAGCAGGCUGCCCCACAGGACCAGCAGGGCCAGGGGCAGGGCCAGGGCGGCGCUGUGGGCGUGGAGGAGGGCGAGGCGCUGUCGGAUGAGGCCGCCGACUCCUUCAACGAGCUGUUUGGGGAGGGCGAGGAGGACGACACGUUUGGGGGCGGCGCCGCCUUCCGGGACGUGGAUGAUGGCAGCGACGCCGUGUUUGAGGGUGCGGAGGACGACGGCGGCGGCGCUGGCGAGGGCGCCACCCCCGGCGCCGGCAGCGAGCAGGCGGCCGCGCAGGCGCACGAGGGCGCCGGCCAGAAGCCGCGCCUGCCGGGGCAGGACGUGCGGCGCGUGGGGAAGGGCCACCGCGGCAAGCAGGAGCGGCCGCACGGCUGGGACCACGAGGCCAUGUGA